UGUGAAGAAGCGUGCGCCACCCUAUUUGGUCAAAUUGCUUGUCAAUCAAGAGUGCUACCACGGUGACAGAGACAAAGUAUCUGACUGUAAAUUUGAAAUAUAUUAUUUCAUCCGUUGUUCAGACAGAUGAGCGAGCGAAAUCAGAUUACAGAUGAGCGAGCGAAAUCAGAUUAUACAGCCCGGUUACAAACAGUCAGUUGAGUUUAAAAUAUUGAUACAUUGUUGCACGCUUCGACAUCAUUUAAUUAAACAUGAAAGUAACAGUUUUCUCCUCUGAAAUAUCCAUGAGGGAUGCGGUCUUAUUUUAUCACUCCUAAAGCAGUGAAGUACUGCUACUUUUGCGGUCAUAUUUUAGCCAACGUCUACUACRAGUCUUCUAGCCUACUAGGGAAGUUCGGGUUGCUGUCGUUGUCUGAUUUGUUUUAAAGUGACAGGAGGAGACAGCACGCUGUAAAACAUUCAGCCCUGAUCGAAUCGACACGAUGAUUCCUGAAUGUCCCCGGAGCGGAGAGACAAGGAACCGAACGCAGUGCCACUAUGGCCAGGUAGCCGAACCAAACCAGAACUGUUUUGGGCUACUUUCCGAGAUCAAAACUCUUAUCAAGAAUGAACCAUUCACUGACCACUACACCAUCAUUCCGGGCAAAGAGCUCGGCAGGGGGAAGUUUGCCGUGGUGAGGAAGUGUGUGGAGAAGUGCACGGGGCAGGAGUACGCCGCCAAGUUCAUGAGGAAGAGGAGGAAGGGCCAGGACUGCAGGCUGGAGAUCAUCCACGAGGUGGCCGUUCUGGAGCUCGCCACGGCCAGCCAGCGGGUGGUCAACCUGCACCAGGUCUACGAGAUGGCCUCCGAGAUGGUGCUCGUCCUCCAGUUCGGAGAGGGACGAGGCCUUCAUAGAGGAGGACGUUAAGAGGGUGUUGAGACAGAUCCUAGAGGAGUCUCCUUCCUCCACAGAACAACGUGGUGCACUGGACAUCAAGUUUAGCCCCACUAGACCCUCCUCGUCUAAUGCUGCUGUCCAGUGGUCAUGUAGUGUGUAUAUAUAUCUGUCUAAUUGUUUGUCAUUGUAUGUAUCUGCCAGGAGUAUUGGGGUGCUGACCUAUGUGAUGCUGACCGGUACCUCUCCCUUCCUGGGGGAGGACAAGCAGGAGACCUUCCUCAACAUCUCCCAGAUCAACGUCAGUUACCAGGAGGACGAGCUGGAGCAUGUAGACCAGGCCGCCAUCGCCUUCAUCAAGCUCCUGCUCGUCAAAGAACCCCAGAACCGUGCCACAGCUGAGGAGUGCCUGCAGCACCAGUGGCUCCAGCCAAAAGAGAAAAGGGAAGCCGAGGCGACAGUAGAGGUGAAAGAGACUAUAAGCCCCACCAAGUGCACCUCUGAGCCAGCCAACCCCGAGAGCCACAUCAGGGGUGAGGAGGAGGAAGGCCCCGAAACGGAGGAGCUGAUCGUGAUGGCGGCCUACACACUGGGCCAYUGCCGCCAGUCAACAGACAAGGAGGUCAUGGCCCCCGACCAGAAGGCCAUCUCCAAACGCUUCAAGUUUGAGGAGCCCUUCAGCGCCCUCCAAGAGGUUCCUGGAGAGUUCAUCUACUGAAGGACUCACACACACAUCUCAUCCUCUACACUAGGUGGUCCUGGAGAGCUAGUGGUGGUGUUGGGUCUCCCUUCUGCCCUUCACUGACACACCAGAUAAUUCAGAUCGUCACGGCCCUGAUUAGUUGCUUAGUAGAAUCAGGUGCAUUAGUGAUGGGUUGGAGCCAAAGCCUGCACCAACCAGUAGCUCGCAAAUAACCUGGGUGGAAAAACUCCUGCUCUUACAUCUAGGGAAAAGCAGUUAAACACAUUGCACUUACAAACCAGAAGAAACAUCUCACACUUUUCUAACCCACCUCACGGUCUGAAUUCGGAACCCAAACAGUUUUUUUGUCCCUUUUUUUUUCAUAUACACCCUGUCGUUACUCCUGACUGAGCCUUGUUGUGACGUUUCUCCAGACAGCCUUGUUGUGAAGUUACUCCAGACUAAGCCUUGUUGUGACGUUUCUCCAGACUAAGCCUUGUUGUGAAGUUACUCCAGACUAAGCCUUGUUGUGACGUUUCUCCAGACUAAGCCUUGUUGUGACGUUUCUCCAGACAGCCUUGUUGUGGUGCUUUGUUUUCUUUUUCUUUGCGUGC